UCGUCGUGGAAGGUUCGUUGCGCGCGCGGAAAAUCUUGGGAAAUUCGAGGCGAAAUUCGCCAAAUAUUACGAGUGCGAGGUGCGAGUGCAUUUCCUCGGAGUGUGAACGCCGCCGGUGGCUAAAGUAUCGCGAAAUCUAAAAAUACAAAAGCAAUAGGGAAACGCAAUAGAAACAGAGGCCAAUCCAAUCGCUUGCAUAUCAAUUGUCUAGGGAAUUGAGUACUGCUUACUCUGUUACAUGGUUAUGUCAUGGAAAGUCACCGUCUGAGUGCUCUCCUCGAAUAAAUACCCCUUCGAAAGCGGCGAAAUAUUGUCCGCAGAAUAAGAAAAAAUAAAAUUAUUAGCAAAACUGCCUCAAAAGUGCUGCCCACUCUCGCCGCCGGCUGCUUUUUUGGCUCACGUUUACUACCACUUUUAUUGCUCACGCGUGUUUUUGGGGCCUUUUGUUUUGGUGCUUGUGUGUGCGCGAGUGUGCUAGCUGUGCCUGUGUGUGUGUUCGCCGUGUGUGCGUGUCUGUGUUAGCCGGCAAGUGCAGCUGUGAGUGUGUUGGUUGUUGGCCGCGAACAGCUGUUCCGCAGACAACAUGCAGAAAUAAGUAAAAAAUACAAAGAGCAAAAAUACAACGUGAAAAAAUAUACAAGCGAAGUUGGGUGAAAAUCACAGCAAAUCACGAGAGCCCGUGCCGCAGAAUCCAUCCAUUCUCAUCCAUCGAAAAUGGCGGCCAGGAUGCAGAUGCUCCUGCUAUUGACCCUGCUCUGCGGCCUCGCUGCCGCCAAGCAUCUGGGCGACCUGGAGGCUGGCGGCGGAGCAGUAGGUGGCCUCCACCACCACCAGCACCAUCAGCACAGCGCCUCCACGCACCACCGGCGACGCCUGCAGCGGGACUCGCGGGCAAAGGAUGCCACAUCGGCGUCGCUGGGAACGGCGCAUCAGUGCGAGGCCGUCAAGAGUUACUUCGAAUCGAUCGACAUCAAGUCGAGUGGAUUCCACAACGAGAAAGGCGCCAUUUGUGGCGGAAGCUGUUGCAAUAAUGCUACGGAAGUGGAGCUGCGCGACAAGGCCGCCGGGAAAUUUGAGCUGCUGUUGCACCAUCACACGAGCAGCCUGCGAGGAGUCCUGGAGACGAAUGUUAAGCAAUUCCAGAGUCACGUCAUGGAAUUGGCCCAGCAAUCGGAGAACAAUACGCAGUCGGUCUUCGCGACGAUCUACUACCGCAUGGUGCCUCGAGUCCGCCAGAUGAUCGGUCAUUUGUACACUGAAAUCAUGAACCACAUGAAUUACGCCUCGAACUACACGAACAGCAAUGACCAGUUGGGCAGACGUGGCAUUGGGGGCAUCAGCAGUGUCCAGAGCCACCUUGAGGAGGCAGUGCAUCGCUUCUUUGUCCAGCUAUUCCCGGUGGCCUACCACCAGAUGGUGCAUCUGAAUAAUGACAAGUUGGGCGAGUUGCAUGAGGAUUACAUCAACUGCCUGCAGCACAACUACGAUGAGCUGCGUCCCUUCAAGGACAUACCGCACCAGCUGCAGGCCAGUCUCGGCAAGAGCGUCCACAUGUCCAACGUCUUCAUGAAUGCCCUGAUCCAGGCCGCCGAGGUAAUCUCCGAGGCAGAUGGACUCUAUGGCGAGAAGCUCACGGACUCCUGCAAGCUGCAUCUCCUCAAGAUGUACUACUGUCCCAACUGCAACGGACACCAUCCGCCGCCAGAGGCCAAGCUCUGCGACGGAUACUGCAAGAACGUGAUGCGUGGCUGCUCGGCAGAGUACGCUGGCCUGCUGGACAGCCCCUGGUCGAGUGUCGUGGAUGCCCUCAACAACCUGGUCACCACCCACAUUCUCUCGGACAACGGCAUCAUUACUGUCAUCAAGCAGUUGCAAUCAAGGCUCUCGGAUGCAAUCAUGGCAGCCAUGCAUAAUGACUCCGAAUUGGAACAAAAGGUGAAGAAGACCUGUGGAUCGCCCAGCCUGACGCCCUAUGCCACCGGAGAGCCGGAUGCUAAGCCUCUGCCACACAAGAUUGCCAUCAAGUACGCCACGCCCCCGGAUCCGGGAAUGGUCCGCUUCCUGUCCACCAUCGACCAGAGCAAGGAGUUCUACACGAACAUUGUGGACAACUUCUGUGACGAGCACCACUCUCGCGAGGAUCACUCCUGCUGGACAGGCGAUCGAUUCGGGGAGUAUAACCAACUGCUGAUUAGUCCGGGCAUUAACGCCCAGCGGUACAAUCCGGAGGUGCCCUUCAAUUCCAUGGCCCAGGGCAGCCAGUUGAACGAGCUGGUGGACAAGCUAAUCAAGAUCCGCCAGAGCAUCGGAGCAGCGCAGGCACCACCGAACAGCAUACAGUCGCACGAUAUUCAAAGCGACAUGGGCCACGAGGGCUCUGGCGGAGGCGAGGGCCAAAUUGGCGACGAUGAGGAGGAGUAUGGUGGCGCCCAUGGCUCUGGUGAUGGUUCAGGAGAUGGCCCCGACGUUAACUUCGGCGGCAACCCGCCAAUCACCGAACAGGAGCCACGCGACAACGGCAAGACCAGUGGGUCGAACCCGCUGGCGGCCACCACGGCGACGUGGAUGCUCCUCACUCUAGUCACAAUGCUCCUCAGUAGUUGUAGUUAAGGAUGCUGCCCCCCAGGGUCAAGGGAUGAAGUAAACACACACACACAGGACCCCGCUGCGAGGGCGAAUGCGAUAGCGACGGCGAUAGCGAGAGCCAUAAGUCUCGCGAGGAACAGCAGAUGCACAAGAAUCGAGUUAAAUCAUUAAUUAAUAACUAUUAUCAUUAUUAUUAUUAUUAUUAUUAUUUGUGUAAUUCUUAAGUUGUUACAAGUAAUUUAUUAGGCCCUAAGCGCAUUCAUCUCUAGCAAUCGACUAACAACUCACACAACAGAAGCGAAAGCGAUCCCCACUUUCCCUUCUAGCUUUUCCAAAUUCAGAGCUCAUCGAAUUUUCCAUGCCGAGUCCAACUAGACUUAUGUGCCAUAUAGAUGUGUUGGGCUCUGCGUACACAAAAACCAGAGAGUAAUUGCGAAAUAAACAAACAUAUUACUAGACGAAGGUAGGCUCAAACUCAAGCAGAACCCCGUCGUCGUCCUCCCAUAACAUAGCAUAGAGUGUGCGAGCAGUUUGUUCAGAUAAAUGUUGAUAUAUAUACAUACAUAGGCGUACCGUACGUAAAGCUCAAUGUUCAAAGCAAGUUGUUCCUUUUCGGUGUUCGAGUAAUUAGGCGAUUAAGCUCUGGAUAAACAGAAAGUUAGAAGCUAUGGCACCACAUUCAAUGGAUUCAAUAGUUCAAUCGACGCGAUCCAAUCACCAAUAUUAUACGUACAACGGAUAUGUAGAUCUGUUAGCUAUAGAUCAGUGGAUGUUAAACCUAUACGAAAUUAUUGUUGUCUACACUCUUCGAACUGAGCGAACGAACGAUCCAUUGGGGAAAUCGAAGCGAAAUGCAUACGAAUGGAAUUUAGUUGAGGAAACGCACUUUAUGGAAAAACUAGAAGACUUACAGCUUUAUACGCAAAACAGAAACAGAAACAAAAACGGAAACGGAAACGAAAAACGAUGAAAUCUAUUGAUAUAUAUACGUAUAUUAUAUGUAGCAUUAUUUAAAUUAUAUAUGAACAAAGCGGGGAGAACUGGAGGUAAUGUCAUUCAAUGCAUUCAGCUAAUUAGAGUUUAUGAAAGUUCAACGAGUUUGCAUGCGAAAGUUUACAAGAAGAACUGCAGAGUUCAGCGCACAAUUUCGCAAUUUGCAAUCUGCAAUCUUUGAUUCGAAAUCUGCAAUUCGAAAUCGAAACUAUUGUUGCAAUCUAACGGAUACUUUACAGUGGGCAGAGCGCUGCUGAAUCAAAUCCAGAGAGCAGCGCUGGCGACACUCUAAAAAACAAACAAAUAUAUAGUUUAUACACAAAUGAAUAUGAAAUAUGCAUUGAUACGGCGAUAAGAAUGAAAUCUAUAUAUAUAUAUAUAUAUAUAUAUGUAUAUCUAUAUAUAUAUAUAUACAAAUACAUAAAUGAAUUAACUAAUUAAAUCGUAAUUAUAUGCUAGUGCGUAAACUGUAACGAUUAGCGCGUAAAAAUAUGUAAAAAGCAAGCAGUUGACCGAGAACAAGAAAUUUAGUUAGUAGCAAAUUAACAAAGGAAACGCCAACUUCCGCCGCACGCCUACCUGUAUAUACCGCUAUACAUAUUUGACCGAUCGAAUUGGAUCGGGGCUGGGCAGGUGUUUGUGCACGCGGGUUGCAAACUAUGUAUAAUUAUUAUUUGUAUCAUUAUUAUUUAACUAUUGCAUGUGAUUAAUAAUAUUUAAGUUAAACGUAAAGCGCAGCAUAUUAAAUUGUAACUUAUGUAUACCACAAACAAAAAACAACAACAAAACGAACAGCAGCAGCAAUAUGCGUGAAAAAAUCAUCAUUGUAAAUCUAUUCGGAGAUAACCAAUGCGAGAAGCAGCAAGAAUUGCACUAAAAAUAAAUAUACUACUUUUAGAUGCCUAAAAACCAAUAAAUAAUUAUGUAACAAGAUAAAGCGAGUCCAGCAAAUUUAUUGAGCCAGCGAGUAAGAAGCGCGAUGCAAUAAUGCUAUGAGUAAUUGAGUGUAAUGGCCGGAAAGACCGAAACCUUUUGUAAAUUUCAUUUAAAACCUGAAUAAACGUCAAUAUUUGAAAUUCAAAA